AUGCGGGUCCCAUAUCACCCAGCCGUUUCGGCGCCGUGCGCACCGAGUCCAGCCUCCACGCCCGCUCCUUCGGGCAUUGAUGACGCCAGCAGCAUUACCGGCAUCCGGGCAGACCUGCUCAUCCCAGGCCGCGGCGAGCCCGUCAAGCAAGGCGCGGUAGUCAUCCGCGACGCCCGCAUCGCAUGGGCUGGCGCCUACCGGAACCUCCCGCCAGAGUAUCACCACAGUGUGACGUUUACCCACGUCCCUGUCGUCAUGCCGGGCAUGUGGGAUCUGCACACGCACUUUGGGGGCCUGGGUAGGGACGUGCGGUUCUUUGACGACCCCAAGGCUCUGCUCCCUGGCGCGGGGGUGCUUGCUGGCGCCAUCACCGUGGAGGAUCUACGGCGGACCCUGGAGGCCGGGUUCACCAGCAUCAGGGAGCUAUCGGGUUACGCUGGCUAUCUGGCUCCUGGAGUUGAAGGCGGCUACAUCGCCGGGCCGAACAUCUACUCGUCGAUAGCCAUCCUGUCGGUCACUGGAGGGCAUGGAGACAUACAUGAUUGCCUGCUGGACAGCGUCGUCCAGUCUGGUCAUACAGGGGGUCCAUUCUACCUGUGCGAUGGCGUGGAUGAGUGCAUCAAGGCUGUCCGCGUAAUGGUCCGCCGGGGCGCAAAGUGCAUCAAGGUGUGCUCUUCGGGUGGUGUGCUGAGCCUAAACGACGACCCGGAGGAUCGGCAGUUCUCAGAUGAGGAGCUCAAGGCCAUUGUUGACGAGGCCGGGCGGACGGGCCGUAGAGUCGCCGCUCACGCCAUUGGCAAGGCGGGCAUCCUUGCCGCCCUCCGCGCGGGCAUCACCAGUAUCGAGCACGGCUGCUACCUGGACGAGGAGGUCGCCAAGAUCAUGAAGGAGAAGGGCGCUAUCCUGAUUGCCACACGGCACAUCCAGGAGAGCCUCCUCGAGAACCACGAAGGCUUCCCUGAAAAGGUCAAGGAGAAGAUUGAAAAGAUCGUCCCGCUGACACGGGCCAACUACGACCUCGCAGUGAAGCUCGGCGUGCGCAUCGCUCUCGGAACCGACAUGUGGAACAGUGACCCGGCGCACCCGAUUGCGCACGGGAGAAACGGCAUGGAGCUACGCUACGCGCACAAGGCGGGCAUGAAGCCCCUCGACAUCAUCGAGGCGUGCACGGCGACCUCGCCAGAGGUGCUGGGCAAGCUGGCGCCGCUGUCGGGCCAGCUCAAGGAGGGCUACGACGCGGAUCUGAUCGCGGUUGCAUCGAACCCGCUCGACGACAUUGAGGUGCUCACCAAGCCUGAGAAUGUCACGCACGUCUGGAGGGCGGGCAAGCUGUACAAGUCGCCGUCGACGCACUGA